GAGGUCGCGCGUCUGUGGGCGGGGUCCUCCUCUAGCGCCCUCCUCACCCUGGGUCGGGGCGUUCGCCUGGGCGCCCCCUCGGGCCGCCGCGCCGCCGACUCUCAGACCCCUGCAGGACGCACUCCCCGGCUGACGAGGUCGCAGCUCCGCCCUUCCCGUCCCACGGUCACCGGCCUCGGGCCGAGGGGUGGCGUGGGGCAGCACCCCGGGAUCUGGCCUGGGCCGUGGUGCGAAGGCCGCGGGGCCUCACCCCAGGCCGAGAGGCUGCCAGGAGGAGGUGACGCCGGGCUGGUCCGGGCGGAAGGGCUGGAACCGAGCAACCCAGAAGGUGGUGUUGCCCGCACUGAGAACCGCACCGGCCAGUGCCGGGAAGCUGGAAGAGGAUCGCGAGUUGGGAAACUCGAGUGACUGCGUGUGCUUGAGCGGGGGAGGAAGGGGAACUGCGAAAUACGCUACCGAAUAGAUGUGGGUGAGGAGGUGUGUCUAGGGCAAAAAGCUUGGAAGCAUGGAGAGGCAGGGAAGGGUGCUAAGGAAAGAGGCGGACGUGAGACAGAGGGCACUGUGACAGUUCAGACCCUCCAUCAGGGGCGGUCCUCCUACCCCAACUGUCCACCACUGCUCCUGAGAGUUGAUCCAGGGGCCUCCAGGGCAGCCCAUGAGAAAGCCCCCACAGCAAGUAGAACUUCCCUGCCUGUCCAGACCAGGAAAUACCAGAGUGGGUGCCAUGACAGGGUGCGGCUGAGGUGCCUGCAGGGCCAGGCCUGAGAGAAGGCAGGGGGAGGCCCCAGUGACCUUGCCAGGAGAAACCCAGGUGGGGAAAGAAGUCAGGAAUGCAGGAAAGAGAGCAGGUCUGGCUGCUGGUUAGAUCGCCAUGGAGACAGGCAGCUGACUCACCUGGACAUGUCAAGGCUGGCCAGUCCUGUCCUCACCCCACCCCACGGUGAGCAUCAGUGCUGCCUGGGGACGAGGUAGGUGGCUUGGCCCUGCCAGGAACUUACUGUGUGCCCUCAGGUGAGUCACUCAGCCUCUCUGAGCCAUCUAGUUGAGGUGAGACUGGUGAGGCUGAGAGUCAGAGGCCUGGGUCUGAGCCCUGUACAUGCUCUACAGAUGGUGUCUCUGGGCCCUUCUCUCAUUCUUGGGCCUCAGUUUCUCCCUCUGUACAUUGUGUGCAGCCUGCCACUAAGGUAUAACCUUGAGGACUGAAGAGAGGGAGCAGGUGAGGAGGCCAAGCCCUUGAUGUCCUUGACCAGAGGGAAGUGGUUUAUGGGUGGGACUGGGAUUUGGGAGGGGAGUUCUCUUGCUGGAUCUCCCCUCAUGUUAAGGUUCAGCAUCUCCUCCCUCCUUUCCCCCAAACACACUCAUGCUUAUUUGUGCCUGGUCUUGUCACUGCCCUCUCAUUCUCCCCCUUGUCUCCAGGAUGAACCUCAACACUCCCUAGUGUGAGAGUAGGGCCCCUUGUCACCACCAGACCAGUUCCUCAGCCUCAGCUGCAGCCUUUCCCCCACCCACCACCCUACCAGACAUGCCUAAUCUCUGGCCUUUCCUCAAGACAGUGUGACUCAGUUUCCCAGGGUUAGAGAUCCCUGUACGGCCACAGUCCAGAAAGGGCCCCCAGUGAUUGGCUGCCAGCCUGGGUCUGUAGGACUCACCCCAAGGGGAACCAGGACCACUUUGAAGGUGGGGAAAGCUGAGGACAAGUUACCACACCCAAAGCAGUUCCCCUGGACUGGUUCGUCCUUUUGAGGGGGAACUAAAAUAGUUUGAAAAGCUUGGAUCUAGUUGGACAUUCACUUUAUAAAGAAGGUGACUGAAGCCCAGAGAGAAGCAGGACUGUGGAUGAGACAUGGGUCCAGGGCAGGGGAGCAGCCUUUCAUGUCCCUGUGGACAGAACUGGGCAGGGGCUGGCCCCACGGGCGUGAGGUGGGAGAAGUCUGAGGUGGAGAGCUCCCUGCCUGGGGUGCGGCAUUGGCUGGGGUGGGGGUGCAUGACCCUAAGUUGAGUGUGGGGGGUGCUGGUGUUCAAGACUUCCCAACCAGUGAAUUAUUUACUGCCGUUUCUUUUCUCCUUGCCCUGAUCUGGUUCCUAGUUCACACCUCCCAUUCUGCUCCCCACCCCGAUCCAGCCAGCCCUGGGUGUCCUCGCCUCCCAGCUCAGACUCAGAGUUGACUGCCUGCUGAGGAUGGAAAUGUCAUCUUCCAAAGGCCUUUCUAUUCCACCAGUUUCUGGAGACAUGGGAGAUCUUGGCCAUGUGCAGUCCUGAGGAGGGCGCCCUGCUGCGACAAGAGGAAGUCUUCUCAACCACCCUCGCCCGCAUCAACACCCUUGUCCUCCAGCCCCUGCUCUUGACCACCCCAGAGCCCUCAGACCCCCGGGACAGAGAGUGCCUGCGGCUCUUGCAGCAGCUGCACAGGAGCUCCCAGCAGCUCUGGGAGGUGACCGAGGAGAGCCUGCACUCGCUACGGGAGAGGCUGCGCCACCCGGAUUCCGUCGGUCUGGAAUCUCUGCUGCUGCUGCGCAAUGCUGACCAUGUCCUGCAGGUCCAUAUGGAGUACUUCGAGUCCUACACGAGCUGUGUGGUGGUGCAGGCCUUUCAGAAGGCAGCCAAGAGGAGGAGCGAGUACUGGCGAGGCCAGCGGAAGACGCUGUGGCAGCUCCUGUCAGGCAUGGGCUCCGAGGGCUCCAUGGGCACAGCGCUGGUCCAGGUCCUCCGCCAGCCGCUUGCCCAUCACCUGCAGCAGUAUGUGCUCCUCCUGCUCAGCCUCGGGGACACCAUUGGGGAGCAUCACCCUGCCCGGGAGCUGGUGGUGCACGCAGCCACCCUCUUUGGGAACCUCCAGUCAUUCAUGAGGCAGGCAUUGGACCAGGCUGUGGCCACGCAGGCCUUGUGGCACACCCUGGGCAGUCGGCUAAGAGAUAUGCUCUGCAUCCCUGCCCACCGACUCUUACAAGACAGCAAGGACAUACCCGUGACAGUGGCCCCACUCCGGGCCGAGCGUGUGCUACUCUUUGAUGAUGCCCUCGUCCUGCUGCAGGGCCACAAUGUCCACACCUUUGACCUGAAGCUGCUGUGGGUGGAUCCUGGGCAGGAUGAGUACACGUUUCACCUCCUCACGCCUGAAGAAGAGUUCUCUUUUUGCACCAAGGACCCCCAGAGCCAGGCAGUGUGGCAGUGGAAGGUGACCCAGGCGGUGUGCCAGGCCCUGCGUGGCAAGAAGGACUUCCCAGUGCUGGGGGCGGGCCUGGAGCUGCCCGAGCCCCCUGCCUGCCGCUGUGGAGCAUACACCUUCCGUGGGGAGGGCCGUCUCUGCCAGGCCACCUACGAGGGCGAGUGGUGUCAGGGCAGGCCCCACGGCAAGGGGACCCUGAAGUGGCCGGAUGGGAGAAAUCAUGUGGGGAAUUUCUGCCAGGGCCUGGAGCACGGCUUUGGCAUCCACCUGGUGCCCCAGGUCUGUGAGGACAAGUUUGACUGCUACAAGUGCCACUGGUGGGAAGGCAGCAUGUGCGGCUACGGCAUCUGUGAGUACAGCACCGAUGAGGUAUACAAGGGCUACUUCCAGGCAGGCCUGCGGCACGGAUUUGGGGUCCUGGAGAGCACCCCACAGGCCCCCCAGCCCUGCAGGUACACAGGCCACUGGGAGCAGGGCCAGAGGAGCGGCUACGGUGUCAAGGAGGACAGAGAUAGGGGCGAGCGCUAUGUCGGCAUGUGGCAGGCUGACCAGCGGCAUGGCCCCGGGGUCGUGGUCACACAGGCGGGUGUCUGCUACCAGGGCGCCUUCCAGGCGGACAAGAUGGUGGGCCCAGGGAUCCUCCUCUCUGAAGAUGACUCCCUGUACGAAGGUACCUUCACCAGGGACCUGACCCCCAUGGGGAAGGGCAAGAUCACCUUCCCCAAUGGCUUCACCUUGGAGGGCUCUUUUGACAGUGGGACAGGGAGUGGAUUGCAUACGCAGGGUGUGCUGGACACAGGUGCCCUCCCCCCGGACCCGAGCAGCACCUGCAAGCGGCAGCUGGGUCUGGGUGCCUUCCCUGUGGAAAGCCGCUGGCAGGGCGUUUAUGGCCCCUUCCGGGACUUCGUGCGUGCUGGUUGCCCUGGGGACCUGCAGGAGGCGUUGCUGGGCUUCCACGUGCAGAGCUCGAAGGUGCUGCGCAAGUCCCAGGAGUACCUGUGCUGCGAGAGGACCCACCCUGAGGAUGGUACAGGCAGUAUCGAAGACAUCCUGGAGGAGGUGCUGCGACACCGGGAGCCCAAAGCCCUGCAGCAGUACCUCGGGAAGGCUCUGAGCAACUCGCUGCACCCCCUGGGAAAGCUGCUCCGGACACUGAUGCUGACCUUCCAGGCCACCUAUGCAGGUGUUGGGGCCAACAAACACCUGCAGGGGAUGGCCCAGGAGGAGGUGAAGCAGCAUGCCCGGGAACUCUGGGUCGCCUACAGGGGACUGCUGCAGGUUGCCUUACAGCGAAAGGGCCAGACUCUGGAGGAUGAAGAUGUGGAGACAAGGGACCUGCAGGUACAUGGAUUGGUGCUGCCCCUUGUGCUGCCCAGCUUCCACUCAGAGCUCUUCACUCUCUACCUGCUUCUUCACGAGAGGGAGGACAGUCUCUACAGCCAGGGCAUCACCAACCUGAGCCUCUUCCCUGACACCAAGCUGCUUGAGUUCCUGGAAGUGCAGAAGCACCUGUGGCCCCUCAAGGACCUCACUCUAACGACCAAUCAGAGAUACUCCCUGGUCAGGGACAAGUGCUUCCUGUCAGCCACCGAGUGCCUGCAGAAGAUCAUCACCACCAUGGACCCGCGGGAGAAGCUGGAGGUGCUGGAGAAGACAUACGGGGAAAUUGAGGCCACUGUGUCACGGGUGCUGGGCCGGGAGCACAAGCUGCCCAUGGACGACCUGCUGCCACUGCUCAUCUAUGUGGCCGCACGUGCCCGAAUCCAGCACUUGGGAGCUGAGAUCCACCUGAUCCGUGACAUGAUGGACCCCAUCCACACAGGAGGCCUGUAUGACUUCCUGCUCACAGCCCUGGAGUCCUGUUACGAGCACAUCCAGAAGGAAGACAUGAGGCUACACCGCUUUCCUGGCUGCUGGGAGCCCAGGGAAGCCUGGUAGUCUGGGCUUUCCCUGACUGACUGCAGGACUGAGAGGGACCACACUGGACUUCCUGUUGGAACAAGCAUAGCCUGCCCAGCCCUUCGUCACCCAAGGGGCAGAGGGCAGGACGGGUCCUUGGAGAUGGAUCUUGGGGGUGGGGGGGGUAGAUGUAUUGUUUUAUGGAGGAAGAUGCCACUGCUGCCCUGCCUGAGAAUGAGGAGAAGGGGUGAUGGCCGUGACUGUCUGCCACCACUGUCUAGGCCCUGGUCCAGUCUCAAAUGACUCUUGUUGACCUGUAGCAGUUCACAGGCUGGAAGCAAGGAGUCACUGGCUUCUCCUAGCCUGAACUUUGCUCCCAAAUUACUGAGCCUUUCUGGGCCUCAGUGUCACCAUCAGCAAAGUGAUAGCCUGGAUGGUCUGUAAAGGGCCUCUGUCCAUCCUGCUGAAUUCUGGAGUCCUGCUGGAAGUUGGACUUCAGUCUGUUGGGCUGUAACUGAAAUUCUUAUGUCACUGUUGGCCUUAUUCCCCGUUUCUCCACUCUUGGUCAGAAGGCUCCAAGUUGCAAGUAUCCACCCUAUUUAUUCGGUCUGUCUCCUGUGGGUGAUCUCCUGGGGAUCUGCCUCCCUCCCACCUCUGCCCAGGGCUGAACCCGCCUCCCAGGGCUGCAAGGCAAGAAGAGCUCCUGCCUGCAGGGUGACCUCAGCAAGGCUGUUUCACUCGUAGGGUGUGCAGUUGAAGGGGUGGUCUUGGGGGUCUCUAAACUGAAGCCCACUUUCAUGUGAUGUAAACAGCAGUGCUGGAGCAAGCAGGAGGGUAAUAAACUCACCUUGCUUGACUGAGUGCCA